CUGGAUGUAACAGAGGAAGCGCUCUUGUUCACUUUAAAGCCAUUCAUUUCUCUACGCGACGGUGUGCUGUUGUAUGCUGUCAAUCCACUCAAGAAGAAAAAUAAACAAGCCGGCGACAUAAAUAACUGCUCUCUUUCCUAAUACGGUGUCUUUAUGUUAAUUCCUGUUAAUUGUACGGGCAAGAGGUUUGUUUUCAUGCAGCGCUCACAGACCGGAGGCGAGUGUCCGUGAGAAAGGAGGAGCUACUACGAGCUCUAUUGAACAGGGUGAGAGACGUUUCGAAACCUAUUUUCCAGUAUGACUGCACUCAGACAGAGGAAGAGCAGCAAAGGAAAGGACCCGGGGCCCAGAAUUCAGAACCUGAAGCCAGAGUGUAUAGCUGAACCCACAGAGAGGUUUGCAACAGGUGGUUUCAUAUUGUGUCUAAUCACUGGCUCAAUAGUGGGAGUUAGCCUGGGCCUGCUGUGCUGCAUCUAUGUGGCUACACUUCAUGAAAAUGACCUGUGGUUCUCCAAUAUAAAGGAAGUCGAGCGUGAAAUCUCCUUCCGGACAGAGUGUGGCCUUUAUUACUCCUACUACAAACAGAUGUUGAAGGCCCCUUCUAUACAGCAAGGUCUGUAUGAGCUUAUUCAUGACAACACUACUGAAUCCAAGAGGACAAUAAACAUUCUACAGCGUAUGAAUAUCUACCAAGAAGUGUUCCUUAGCAUUUUGUACAAAAUACUACCCAUCCAGGCCUACUUGGAGCCAGUUUAUUUCUACAUCUACACAGUGUUUUCUUUGCAGACAGUUUAUGUCAUCGCCCUCUUUAUCACUAGCUGGCUACUCAGUGACUCCUGGCUGGCUGGUGCCCUCACUGGAGUCUGGUAUAUUCUCAACAGAGUGGACACCACACGUGUGGAGUUUACCAUCUCUUUAAGGGAGAACUGGUCUAUACCUUUCUUCGCUCUUCAGGUAGCAGCCAUAACUUGCUACCUGAGGCCACAUCUAAAACCCAUUCACCAGAGGGUGGUUCUGUGGCUAGUGUUCGUCUCAACCUUCAGCUUCUGUUUGACAUGGCAAUUCAAUCAGUUUGUCCUGCUGGUUCAAGCCCUUAUAAUCUUUACACUGGACUGCCUGGACUUCUUCACAUCAGAGCAGGUGGUUUCUUUGUACCUCAUACAGGUGUUGAGUCUUUUAUUGGUGUGGUUACUGCAGUUCUGUAAUUCCAUGAUUCUGGGCUCUCUGGUUCUCAGCUUCAUUGUGUCUGCUCUCUUCAUUAAACACUUCCAGACAAGGCUAAAGACGGGCGGCUUUGUUACACGAGUAGGAAAACUGGCUCUUCACACACUCCUAGUCCUCACAUUAACUUUCAUCAUCAAUUAUUCAGCCAAGCAAAUUCUGCAGCUGAAAUCGGACGAGCACAUCUUUAAGUUCAUAAAGGCCAAGUUUGGCUUCAGGGCAACAAGAGACUUUGAUGCCAGUCUAUAUCUGUGUGAGGAGGCCUUUGGCUUGUUGCCAUUGGUUACAUAUGAGCGGCUGGCUGGCACAGUGCUGCUCUAUCCGUACUUGUGCACCCUCAGCGUGCUCUUCAUUUUACUGCUUCUGGUGGCACUCUCUAAUCUCAGUGCGAAUGGGUCAAGACAAAUAAGCAGGGAGAGAGAGGAGUGGACCUUUAGGAUGCGGCCAGAUGUCGCUUACAAUUUAUUGCACACCGUCUUCUUUGGCCUACUCGCCUUUUCUACUAUGAGGAUGAAAUAUUUGUGGACAGGCCACAUGUGUGCAUUUGCUGCCUUUGGGGUAUGUGGCAAAGAAGUGUGGACGUUGUCUCUGAGAGUCCUCCACUGCAACACUAAAACCACGAUGAGACUGAUCAGGUACUCAGUUCCCAUUAUAAUUCUGGCGUUUCUUUAUUACAAGUUCUGGCCCAGACUGAUGGAAGAGAUUUCUGAGCUGAGAGAGUUUUAUGACCCAGACACUGUGGAGCUAAUGGAGUGGAUUAGAUUGAAGACACCCAAGCGGGCAGUGUUUGCUGGCAGUAUGCAGCUGUUAGCGGGGAUUAAGCUGUGUACAGGGAGAGUUUUGACAAACCAUCCACACUAUGAGGACCAAGCGCUGAGGGAGAGGACCAGACAAGUUUAUCAGAUCUAUGCACAUCAGUCUGCUGAGGAGGUUCAUAAAGUGCUCAUUUCAGUUGGAGCGGACUAUAUUGUGCUAGAGGACAGCAUUUGCUACGAGCGCAGGCACAGCCGUGGUUGCAGGCUGAGGGACCUGCUCGACCUGGCAAACGGACAUAUCAUGGAUGGCUCUGGUGAAAAUGACCCGGACCUCGUCCCAGCAUCUCACCCGCGAUUUUGUGAAGCCGUUAAGACUGGUGUUCCUCCGUAUUCUAAGCUCUUCACUCGAGUGUUCAAAAACAAGACCUUUCACGUGUACAAGCUAAAGAAAUCCAAGAAGAAAAACAAGGCAGAUAGUGCUGGUCCAUAGUGCAUACUCUCGCACUCAUUUCUCAAUAGCAGGCGCCCACCUCACUGGAUGUCUGAACGCCCCAUCUGGAAUGUUCAAUGAGUGUGAUAGUAGCAGGUGUGUGCACGCAUGAGAGAGAUUGGAGAGAUGCCUGAUUGCGCCAGUAUGCGCUAGAUGAUUUGGUGCGUGUCUGUGUGUGUAAAUCUUGCUCUAAGCCAGUCUUCCGCAACAGGAGCUCAAGUUUAACAUGGAGGGGAAGAAAAUCUAUUUUACUCACACUCCAUCGCACCCUCUCUCUGUUCAUUGUAUCUCUCUAAACACAUGCCCCUCAACCAAACACACAUGUAUGUGCAUUCACACACAUACAAUACUUAGGGAAGGUACGCAGCUGCUUUCACAACUUCAUUCCUCUUUCACACAUCUAGCCAAAUAUAGAAAUAAAGAAAGGGAAAAUUCAUUUUAAUUGGAAUUCACAAGAGCAGUUUGGGGUAAUUAGUGUCCGUGGCAGUGCUGACUUUACGUUUGCCAAACUGGUGGUCUCAGUCAACAAAGUUGGACUUUCAAACUCAACGUCACCUCCUGAUGUCUGGCUGCUUUUAAUGAGAACAGUUUCUUAGUCCAUACGUAAAAAAGAUGCUGCUGAAUUUGGUCCCCCUAACAGUGACAAAUCUGAACAAUCAACCUUACUCAUGGGCGCCAUAAUUUCACAUUGAAGAAUAAACUGUCAUACCACUGUGAAUAUCAUUGCUUGUUCAGUCUACUAAUUAGCAUUGGAGUAUAAAUUAGUGCCUGUCACAUUGUUUUUAGUGGCAGAGGAAUUACAUUGAAACUUAUUUUUGUUGUUUGUUUCUUUGAUAUAGUGGGAAUAUGUUUUGUGUUUUAGGUGAAAUGAAACUAGUUUAGGGCAGUUUGUAGGAUGAAAAACAGUUGCAAAUGUUCUUAAACACGACAUACAUGUUCCAUUGCAUUUCUUUAUCCUGCACUGAGAAAUUGUUUCAAAUUUCAUUGGAGAGUUUCACUUUUUAGGUCAGGGUAAAACAUUUAUUGAAUGGUCAACCAUGUUCAACAUGAUCCUCAGAUUUUCAUCCUAAGAGAUAAAUAAAGAGUCUUUUGUGUUGGAAAGUGCCUUCCCAUUUUCAUAUAAGCUCUGUUGAACUAAAACACAUCCAUUGAGCUGCUGCGCUAACAAGUCAUCGUUUUUAAAAGAUCUUGAGUGGCUUAAAGUGCUACCGAAUUCUACCCAGCUUCGAUCUUUCCUGUCCUUGUUUUUGUCUAUUUUUUAGGAUGUUAGCUGAAUAUCAUUGUAAAGCAAUUCAAAUUUGUUUUGCACAACCUAGAGCACCUCUGUACAGUGUUUAAAGAUAAAAAUGGUAUUCCAUUUUUCCAAAAUUCAGUGUGUAGCCACAGGGCUCCUCGAUGACAUUCUGAGAUUGUAUUGUAAUAUGGUGUAAUACAGAUCUGUCAAAUGGUUUACAUUUAAACCUUCGCUUUGCACAUUGUCUAUGUCAAAACACAUUGACACUCAGCAGAUGGUCUUUGUGGUGUAUAGUCUUUGAUUUAUUUGCUGAUAUUGUUUAAAUGUAUGAAUUCUUGAUACUGUUUAUUUGGGAUAUACAUUGCACUAGCUUGUUACUGUGGUAUUUCACGCAAAUGGAUUGUUUGAAAUGUUGAUUUGUCCUUUAUCAUCAUUUUCAGUGUAUGUUCUGUGUAUGUUUUCCAUUUUUUUAAUAAAAGCAGAUUUGUAUGUUAACUAAAAAAUAAAUUCUGACAUGUGAAC